AGGGGUAAUUGCCUGUAAAUUCCUAACGUUUACUCGAAAUUGGUUUUCGCUUCCAUUUUCUAAGGUCUUGCGUCUAAUUACCUAACCUUUUUUUUUGUCUGAUUUAGCACCCGUCGUCGGUUUUUCCCAAAUUUUAAAUGACGUGUCACCGGGAAAUGACAGCGUGGCGCUGGAUUUUGCACAGUUGGAAGCCGGAAUGAAAAAAAGAAACGACGCCGUUUCUAAUUAAAAGAAACAACGUCGUUUCGCCAUGUAAUAACACUCAGAUUUCGAAUUAAACCCUCAUUUUUCGAUUAGGACUAUACCCAUCCAGGGUUCUUCAUGAAAUCGAUGGAAUUGGAGAGAUUCAUGAGCGAAUCAGUGUAGAAGAAUAGUCCGCAUGCUUGUAAAGGAGUUUUCGACCUAAAAAAUAGGGAUAUUGAUUCGUAGCAAUGUCGUCUACUUCCUCUUCCUCAAAUUCGAGCUUCAAUCGCGGAGUUUCUCAGCAGGUUGUUUGUGUUCAUGAAAUUGCAGCUACAAUGAACACCUCCCACACUGAAAAGAAUCCUGAGAGGCGAUUCUAUUGUUGUAGUCGAACAAAGGCUGAAAAUUGUGGAUUUUGGAGAUGGAAGGAUCCAGAGCUUAGUUCGUACUAUAAGAUGUGCAUAAACAAGCUAAUUCUUCAACGAGACAAAGUGUCCGAGGAGCUGAAAUUAUGCAAGUUUAUGGGAGAGAUGCAAGCUGAAAAAUAUGAAGAUUUGAUGACACUGUAUGAAGUGAAAUGUGCAGAUGUAGAAGAAAUGAAGAUUGUGAUGAAGGAGCAAGAGCUUGAAAUUAGUAAUCUGAAGUGGAAACUUAGGAUUACCAAAUUGUUGUUAGUCUUAAUUUUUGGUGUUUUGGCAAUGAACCACUUUCUGUGAGGUUUCAUGUAAGAUAUGCAGUUUUAAUGAAUCAAUUAUUUUUGAAUGCAA